AUGAGCUGCUUCUGUCUUCGACCAUCUCUGACACUCUCCGGCGCGACAUAUCUCAGACUGCUUGGUGUAAGUAGCCGCUGCUACGGUACCAAGCCGACCGCCGCCCAGCCUCCUGUGCAGUCCCGCGAACAGGCUGUCGACAAUGCCCACGGCACUGCAUCGAAAAAAGCUACCAAACAAGCUGCCUAUGCCCGUCACUGGCUGAGAGCGAUAUUACGAGAAUGCACCUAUCUACCCGACCCUAAGGCUAGGCAGUUCGUCAGCCAGUAUGUCCUCUCCCGGUUUCGAACAUACCAGUUCAAGACUUGGAAGAGUCGCAACAUGAAGAAUAUACAUGGCUUGGAAGGUCGGCUCAAAGACAAGCAGAAGGAGCUCCGCCUAUUCCAUCGUUUACUGAACCGGGCCAACGAGGGCGAGACGAAACCGCUGUUGAAAGUGUUGUUUAUGACAUACGGAAGGACUGGGAAACGCAGGCAUGACUUGAUGAUACCGCUGCUCGCCAAGCCAGCGCAAGAGGACUCUGAUCUGACCGCGAUGUACAACCAAGACGGUGAGUUGGUGUGGAACGAAGGGGCGACGGGACAGAGUGCCAAAUCGGAUGCUGUAGAAGACAAGUACCGUCUAUCUCCUGCUUUGUAUGCCCUGGCCUUAUCGCAGCAAAAGAUCGAUCCUCCCGACAGGACCAGGCCAAAUCCUCGCAAACUUCGACCCGACAUCCCGGAACUGAACUCCAAGAUGCGGCCAAUGCCCGCAAGUAGAGUCAAUAAUCUGACCAAAAAGUGGUAUGCUGAGUUGCUUGAUCGAGUACUUCCUCCAUUGCCUGCAGAUGAGUGGUACAAGUUGCAAGACUUGGCGAACGGUCGAGGUAUAUCUACGAAACCUCAGAAACGAAAAGCGCCGGCCGAUGCUGUAUCCAUCGCCACGCGAAAGGGCACUGCUCUUGAUAUGGUUGUCCAAGGAGACUUCGACAAGCGAGAAUUCGGCAACCCUGAGGCUCAUACAAUCACUGCACGCUACAUGCAAAGACUCUACGCACUCGUUUUCAAGCAAUGCCCCAUGAUGGACUACGAUUCUGAGAGAGGCAAAUGGUCAGUUACUUGGGGAAAGUAUGCAGUACGGCCGUACAGGAUCGUACAGGAUCGACAAGACCCAACCAUCAACUGA